AUGGACCGAUUGCGGAGGAAAUUAGCCGUCAUUCGGUCAGCGGUGACCAGAGCCAUUAACGAGUUUCAAGCUCUACUUAGUUCCUCGGAUGCAACCGCUGGUGAGCUCACAGAAAACCUGAAUAUUCUCGAACUGAAGGAAGCAGCAUUGAAGGCAGUUGACAGUGAGAUUCAAGACGGGGUUGAUAUUGAUCACCUUGAAGAAGAGAGGGAAAGCGUCGAGGCUUAUCAAGUGUUGAUCUGCCGUUUACGAACAAGAGCCACACUCAAGCUAGAUGCCCUGCGCACGCCUAACAUCAUAUCGAAUGCUGCGGAACGGUUACAGGUUUGGGACCAAGGCCAUCAACAGUCGAGAACAAUAGUGAUAAAACUCUCAAGAUUACAGAACCGAAAGUUCGAAGGAUACCUCCAUAAUAAGAAACCUUUCUGGGAUCAAUUUGAAGGGUUUAUACACCAUAAGCCGGACCUUUCUUCAAUCGAUAAAUUUAGAUAUCUGACGAGUUAUUUAUUCGGAAAGGCGGAAGACAGCAUACGGGGAUUGCCUAUUAUGGAGAGCAACUGUAACAUCGCUGUGGAUAUCUUAAAGGACAGGUUCGUCCAGACCCAGGCGAUAAUUGACGACCACAAGACGCGACUAUUGAAUUUAAGAAGAAUCACCACGUCGAUCGACGUUAUGGCUUUGAGACGGCUGAAUGACGAUAUCACGAUAAAUGUCCGCAACCUGAAAGCACAUGGCCUGAAGGUGGAAGAGUACAGUGCGCUGCUACAUGCUGCCGAGAAGAAGCGACUUCCUGACGAUCUCGUCCUCCGCUACCGCCAGCAAACAGCUACCGACAUCGCGGAUAGCACCGGUUGUCUGCAAACGUUUUUGAAUUUUCUAAAGUCUAGGGUAGAGAGCAGAGAGCGCGGUCUGGAAAUAAAUCCCAAUCAAGUCAAUCUCUCAAAAGCCUAA